UCUCCCUUCAACUCGUGGGCCUUCCAACCGAAUCCACUCUUUUACGCAAACCUCUUGGCCGAAGCCCUGGGUCUGGAAACCAUCGAUACGGCCGCCAUGGUGGCCGCUCUCCAGCUGGUUCCGUACAGGGCGUUGAUCGCGCAACAAAAAGAUGUGUACUCGAGUGCACUACAACUGGUGCCUAUCGAUUUUGGUCCGGUUGCCGAGCCGCCAGACGCUCCCGGAUCGAUUGUCCUGCCACGGUCGCCGAUGGAGCUCAUCGAGGACGGUGCGUACCAGGCGGUUCCUCUGUUGACCGGGUUCAACAACUUGGAGUCGAUACUGUUAAUAAUGCAGGAGGACGUCACUCCCAGCCUGUACGACACGUUCAACGAGCACUCGAACUAUUUGGUGCCGAUGGCAUGGAACAUCUCGAAAGGUAGUUCCGAUGCUGGUGUCAUUAGUGAGACAUUCGCGCAGUUCUACUGGCAAGGCCAGACGCUUGGACCGGAGUUGUUGGAACAAUUCUCCUUGUACAUGACCGACGCAAUGUUCGCGAUCGGUGUACUAGAGAUAGCGAAACUGCAUUCAACCCGGAUGCCGGUCUACGUCUAUCACUUCAGCUACGACGGUGACCUGAACCUGUUCAAAAAGCCACUGGGCGUCUCAAUACCGGGUGCGGUACACGGGGACGAGCUUUACUACAUGUUCGACGCGAAGACACUUAUGAGCGAACAACUUCCCGUCACUGGCCAUGCGCUCACGGUCCGCAAGCGAAUGCUCCGACUUUGGACUAACUUUGUCAAGUAUGGAAACCCAACUCCGGUAGUGGAUCCCGUGCUGCAGAACAUUGUGUGGCCACAGCUUGACGGCGACACGGUCAAUGUCGUGCUAAACAUUGACCACGAUCUGAUGCUCGGACCGAAUCCUAUCGCUUCCCGCUACGAACUGUGGCAGAGUUUGGCGCAAAG